AUGUCCAUUUUUUUCAGUGAUCAAGAAAAGCAACUGCUCCCGAAGCCUUUCCACCUGACUGCAGCCCAGCUAUCACAAAAUAACACUGAAGAUAAAUAUCAAUGCCAAGAUUGCUGUCUGAAAUUCAGUACAGUUUUAGAAUUAAAUCUCCACAAAAAUUCAGAAAAAAUUACCAAGGAGAUGAUGCGAGCGAACAUGUCUUUUUUAAAAGAAUAUGAGAUCAGCUUGCGCUAUUAUAAUAGAUCAAGCCAAUUACUGAUGAAAUGGAUGAAAACGGAUAAAGUUGAAACCAAAGAGUUCAGCUGUACAAUUUGUAGUAAAAAAUUUACAACUUUUAAAGGACUUAAGCAGCAUGUUGGGAAGAUGCAUGAAGGCUCCCCGAAAGAAAUCAAAUGUGAUUGCUGCAGUCGAAGCUUCAAGCACAAGUAUGCAUUAAAAUUCCAUAUGGACCAAGUUCACCAAAAGGUGACAAGGGUCUCUUGUGAGCAUUGUGAGAAGGAAUUUUACAAUAAAUACCGGCUAGAAACUCAUCAGAGAUAUUGCUUGAUGGAAAGAGUAAACUCAGAAAAUUAA